UCCUCACUACGGUUAGACAACAGCUCUCCAGCAAAAUCCAUCAAAUCAUGAAGUGCAUCGCAACUGUAGUCAUGAUGGCUCUGGCCGUCGCCGUAGAAUCGGCCGUUACUCCGGUGGUCUAUUCCGGUGCUGCAACCUACAUCCAGCAGAACGUUGCGCCAAAAUACGUUUCCGGUGCGGUUACUUAUUCCGCCCCGGCCGUCACCGCUUAUUCCGUGCCCACGACGACCUACGUUGAACAGAAGUAUGCUGCCGCCCCAGCUGUUUCAUACUCUACCUACUCGGCACCGCAUACUACCAUCGUACAGGAGCAGGUUUCGCCCAAAUUCGUCGCCCCCGUUGUUUCCGCUUACUCGGCACCAGUUGUGACCUCGUACUCUGUCCCAGAGAAGACCGUCGUCCAGCAGAACGUUGCUCCGAAGUACGUCGCCCAGGCAGUGACCUACUCGGCCCCAGCUCCAGUGUCCUACGUUGCUCCCGCUGUUUCCUAUAGUGCACCGGCCACCGUUGCCUACUCGGCCCCGGUUGCCCGUUUUGCUGCACCAUUGGCUUAUUCUGCUCCAGCCGUCUACGCUUCGGAUUCGGAUGUCGUUGAAGCUUCUCCCGUCGCCGUUGCCCCGGUUGAAACCGUAGUCUCGCAACCAGCUGUGGCCGUUGUGGCCCAGAAGGAGGCUCGUUAUGUUGCCGCCAACCUUGGAGCCGUCCAUGAAGCUCCUCUGGCAGGACACACCGUCAACCAGAAGUCCCUGAACGUCGAGCCAGCACCUGGAACCCAGUAAAACAUUCAGGCAAACGAUUGCGAAGGCUUCACCAUUGUUCUUUCACAAUCCAAAACGACAGAUUGAAUCGCGAGUACAAAAAUUACGUGAACGAUUAGACAUGGCAUCACUUUGGAAUCAGAAACCGAUCUGAUCAAAUAGGAAUGAUCGCUCGAUAAAUACAAACAGC